GGGCGGGGGGACGCCGAGGAGGAGAUUGCGAAGCGGGAGAGGAAGGGGGGGCGGGGCCGGCGGCCGGCUGUGGCACGGGGGAGGGAGAGCGCCGCGGAGUCGCUGAGAGGAGUCGGACGGAGGAACAGCGCUGCUGCUCUCUCGCCGGCUGCGACGCGUCGCGGAGAGAGUCUGACACGCUUGGGCAGGAAGGAGAGAGCCGCGCAGAGCAAGAGAGAGAGAGAGGAGAGGGGGGCGAGGGGGGACAGACAGGAGGCAGCGCUCGGCGGCAGGACUCAGAGCCCAGCGGGGACCCGUCGGAGACAGACAUGGGGCUCGCGCAGUCUCACCCCGAAUCGGAGUGGUACAGCGAAGGGGAGGAGGCCACUGAGACCGAGAGGGAGGAAGAGGGAGGGAGUGGGAGGACUGCUGAAGACGAUAGCUUGGGUGAAGGAGGGAGCGCUGGGGGGGAGGAGGACGGAGAGACGGAGGACCCGCACUCUCCCCUUGGCCCGGCUCUUUUGGGGGACGCUGGGGGCCGGUGUGAGGUGGGAGUCGCUGGAGAUCGGGCCCCCGAACCUGCACCCCCAGCGACAGGCGAGGAGGAACCGAAAUCGGAGAGCGAGGGCUGGCAACAAAGCAAGGAAACAGCUGCGGGGGAUGGAGGGACAGAGGGAGAGGGAGAGAGGGGGACAGAGAGGGGUGGAGAUGGAGGGGGGGGCCCCGGGCAGGCUGCGGGCCCCGUGCGAGAGCCGGCCCCCGGCAGCGCUCAGACAGAGACAGGAAAUCACAGCGAGGGAGAUAACAGCAGCGCUGAAUCACCAUCUGGAGCAAAGGGCGAGCCAGCACAGCCCGAGACUGCUGGAGGAAGCAUCAGCCAGUCAGGCGCACAGAUGGAGAGAGCCAAGGACUGCUUCGACCUAUCAGAUAUACGGAUGGAGAGAAGUGAGGAACAUCUCGGGCAGUCAGAGCUUACAGAGAAAUACCUCGACCAAUCAGAUAUGCAGAGAGAAAGAAUGGAAGAAUGCCUCGGCCAAUCAGAUCCUCUGAAGGGGAGUUCAGUGGAAUACCUUGGCCAAUCAGAGAGAGCGGAGCCUCACGCAGCAGCAGGAGAUACCACACCGGUGCAUAAUCCACUGUCUCUACCAGAGCUCACUAUCAAUGAGGAGAAACCUGCAGAUGACAUGGUACAGACCAUAGAACACACAAAAUGCCAACAACUCCCACUGCCUGAGCAUGACAUCACUUCCUGUUCUUCAGCCACAGAAACUGGUGUUGAAAAGGGGAGCCAGGAGGAAGAGGGCGGAGCCUGUGAUGUAAAUGCAGAGGCGGCCAAUGUGCACUCUGGCUCCAUGGCUGAAGCAUUUCACCUGCAUGAGGACUCCAGGAAGACAACAUUCAUACAGGAAGUGCAACCUCCUGAAGAGGAAGACAAGGGAACGCUAUUGGCCAAUGAUGGGAUCCUCUCAUCUGUGGGCACUCAUUGCACCUUAAGUGGGGUCAAUGCAGACAGUGAUGUUUGGAGAGAGGAAGAGAGAAGUGAUGAGAAAGCUGUGACAUCACUGAGUGAAGAGCCCCACCCACAGAUUCUAUCCAAUCAGGGCACAGCAGAGACAUUGAAGCACGAGCCCUCUGCAGGGGGUCACUGCACGGGGUCUGGACCCAAUCAGGAGAAUCAGGAAGCUGAGCUAGGGUCAGAGGUCAUGGAGAUAGACACAGAGGGAAUUAAUGCUCACUCAGGCCCCCAGAUAGAUGAGACCACACUGGGGUCAGAGGUCAUUGAAGAAGUUACAGAUGGGAAAAAUGUCCACUUAAUCACCUGCUCAGAGGAGACCACAGUGGGGUCAGAGGUCAUAGAGAUUGACACCGGCGGAAGUGUUGUCCAAUCAGCUAGCCAGAUUGACAAAAUCGUGCUGGGAUCAAAGGUCAUGGAGACAGUUACUGGUGGAAAUGAUGUCUGCUCAGAUGACCAGAUAGAGGAUACCACUCUGGGGUCAGAGGUUACGGAUGCUGUGACGGGUGAAAGUGAUGUCCACUCUGACAGUCAGAAAGAAGAGACCACGCUGGGGUCAGAGGUCAUGCAGAUAGUUAGAGUGGGAAAUGAUGUCCACUCAGACAGCUGCAGAGAGGAGAUCACACUGGAGUCAGAGGUCAUGGAGACAGUUACAGGUGGAAGUGAUGUCCGCUCUGACGGUCAGAAAAAACAAACUGCACUUGGGUCAGAGGUCACGGAGACAGUCAUAGGUGGAAGUGAUGUCCGCUCUGACGGUCAGAAAGAGGAGACCACAUUGGGGUCAGAGGUCACAGAGACAGUUACAGGUGAAAUUGAUGUUCACUCCGACAGUCAGAAAGAACAAACUGCACUUGGGUCAGAGGUCACGGAGACAGUCAUAAGUGGAAGUGAUGUCCACUCUGACAGUCAGAAAGAGGAGACCGCAUUGGGGUCAGAGGUCAUCGAGACAGUUACAGGUGGAAAUGAUGUUCACCCAGAUGGCCAGAAAGAGGAGACCACAUUGGGGUCAGAGGUCAUGGAGACAGUUGCAGGUGGAAGUGAUGUUCGCUUAGAUGGCCAGAAAGAGGAGGCCACAUUGGGGUCAGAGGUCAUCGAGACAGUUACAGGUGGAAAUGAUGUUCACCCAGAUGGCCAGAAAGAGGAGACCACAUUGGGGUCAGAGGUCAUGGAGACAGUUGCAGGUGGAAGUGAUGUCCGCUUAUAUGGCCAGAAAGAGGAGGCCACAUUGGGGUCAGAGGUCAUCGAGACAGUUGCAGGUGGAAGUGAUGUUCACUCAGACAGCUGCACAGAGGCGAUCGCACUGGGGUCAGAGGUUGCACAGACCGUUACGGCUGGAAGUGAUGUCCACUCAGACGGUUGCACAGAGAUGACCACAUCUGAGAGAGAGGUGGACACACAUGAGCAUGAGACCGCAGCAACCUUUGAGCCAGUAGUCGUUUGUUUGAACGACGUGAGCUCUGGAACCAUGAGCUCUCCCACAGACGGGGGGGAGCCUACAAGGGACCCCACGGUCACAAUGGACUGUGAGCCCGAGGAGGAGCUGGAACGUGUGGACAACAAAAACACCACACCCCAGGCCACGUCCCACGACCCCACUGCUCCUGAAGCAUCUCCUGAGAACUCUAACCCAGACUGUGCCGACGCUGCAGAGCAUCACGGUCCAUCCCUUGACCCCACCCUGGAGCUGAGGGGGGAGGAGUGUGAGGAUGUAGAGGAGAGGAAGAGCAAGACGUCUGUAGAGACGCACGCCAUGCCAGCAACAGAGGAUGUUUCCAUGGUGAGCCAGGAAGACAGUCGAGGAGGGCCGUCCUCAGCCGCUGCGACAGACGCAGGAGACGAAGAGAUCCACAGAGAGGGCGACUCUCUCCGCCCCUCCCCUCUGUGCGCAGACGCGGCUCAGGCGGAGAAGCGGAGCUCAGAGCAGCCAGAAUCCUCUCCGCGCCCGGCCCCUCGGAGCACAGGAAGCAGCGCGUCGCUCACCUGGCGCGACUCGGGCAGCGACGGCGACGGCUUCUUCGCCGCUGACGCAGGGGUGUACAGCGCAUUGCCAAAGGUGGAGGUAGAGUUGGUGUCGGGGGACAGUGUGAGCGAAGUGUCAGUUUCCUGCUCGUCCAAUGAUGACGCUGCAAGCCUUGGGCCUCCUGCCUCCGCCCCUGAAUGCAGCGUGGGGGGGAGGAGGAGCUGGAGUUCGGAGGAGGUGCAACGGGCAGGGGCAGCAGGGGCGGGGGAGGAGGAGGAGAAGGACCGCUUGACGGAGGUGCCCGCUGGCUCCGCCCUCCUGCUCUGCCCCGCCCGCUCCCCCUCCCCUUUCCGCCGACACAGCUGGGGGCCCGGGAGGAGCCCUGAGGGAGAGGCAGAGAUCAGUCAGCGCAGAUUAUCUGGGAGUCUGGCAAAAGGAAUGCCAACAUUUCAGAGGAGAAGUUACAGCCUGGAGGGCCUGUCCACGGACGGCGACGGUACGAGGGACCGCCUCAGACGGCGGGCGACGGCCCCGUGCCGCGGCCUGGCGCCCCGCCCCCGGAGCGCGGAGAGGGGGUCCGCGGCCUCGCUGACGGAGGACGAUCUGGGGGAGGAGCUGGGGCAGCGUAGCAACAGCCUGGGCCGACAGAUAUCGGCAGUGUUCCGCCCUAAAAAGCGUAUCCAUGGCUCCAUGACCCUGCCCCUCUCCAAGUCAGUGUCCCUGUCGGCCAUCAACCAGAGGGAGCAGGACGGAAUGAGGUCUUCCUCCAGCGUCUCCAGCUCUUCGGCUCAACGCAUCUCAGAAGAGGCCCCGGGGCCCCUGAGGGCUGGUGAGGAGGGGAAGAGCGCCACCAAGGUGGGGCGCACCUUCAGCUACAUCAGGAGCAAGAUGUACAAGAAGACCAAGGAGAAAGAGAAGGAAAAGAACAGAGGCAAAGAAAAAGAAAAAGAGGUGAAAGAGAGGGACAAGCGAACAUUGAACGGACAUGUCUUCAGUGCCGUAAGCUCCGCCCCCGUGCAGUGUCACCAGUGCCACAAAACCAUCACCGCAAAGGAGGCAUUCAACUGCACCAACUGCAAUGCACAUGUUCAUAAACCCUGCAGGGAAACUCUGCCUGCCUGCACCAGGACCAAGAUGAAGGUGAAUGAGCUUCAGAAACAGCAGUUUGCUGUACCAGAUCCAGGCAUUUUGAGAUGCAAAUCCGCAGCCCAGAGGGAGCAGCCGUGGGCGGUGCAGGCUGCAGAUGUGGACGGCUCACGCAGACCCAGCAGCAUCAGACCGUUCUGCAGCACUAACCUGUCCAAGAGCAUCUCAGUCAGCAACAUCGCAGGCCCGGGGUUGGACGAGAUCCCUUUGAAAAGCCUGCGCUACCUGUCCCAGUCCACGGACUCUCUGAACCAGACCAGCAAGGUCAACGAGUCCACCGAGUCCCUCACAGACGAAGGGACGGAGAUGAUGGACAGCCAGCUGAUGGGCGAGUUCGAGGCGGAGGCGAAGGAGCUGGAGCCCGAAUCCUGGACCUUCACCGUGGGCAAGAAGUACCUGAAGCAGCUCCGCAAGGACGUCAUUAAGAGACAGGAUGUGAUCUACGAGCUGGUGCAGACGGAGAUGCACCACGUGCGCACGCUGAAGAUCAUGUCGGAGGUGUUCAGCAAAGGGCUGCAGAAGGAGGUGCAGCUGGAGGCGCAGACGGUGGAGCGGGUCUUCCCCAUGCUGGACGAGCUGCUGGAGGUCCACAGCGGCUUCCUGGCCGGCCUGCUGGACCGCAAGAGGGAGGCCCGGCCGGAGGAGGGGGAGGCCCGGCGGGAGGGGGACGACACCGCCAACUUCCUCAUCCGCAGGAUCGGAGACGUGCUCGUCACACAGUUCUCGGGCAGCAGUGGCGAGCGCAUGAAGAAAGUCUACGGCAAGUUCUGCGGCCGCCACAAGGAGGCGCUCAACUUCUACAAGGAGCUGCACGCCAAAGACAAGCGAUUCCAGGCCUUCAUCAAGAGGAAGAUGAGCAGCCCCGUGGUCCGGCGCCUGGGCGUCCCCGAGUGCAUACUGCUGGUGACCCAGCGCAUCACCAAGUACCCCGUGCUGCUGCAGAGGCUGCUGCACAACACCAAAGAGGGGGAUGAGGACCGGGCGGCGGUGGCGCAGGCCCUGGGGCUGGUGCGGGAGGUGACGUCGGCGGUGGACCGGCGGGUGAGCGAGCUGGAGCAGAAGCAGCGGCUGCGGGAGGUGUACCGGCGCACGGACGGCCGCUCCAUCAUGCGCAUGCACAGCGGCCAGAUGUUCGCCCGCGAGGACCUGCUGCGGGGGCGGAGGCUGCUCCACCACGGGCCCCUGCAGCUCAAGACCUCCACCGGCCGGCUGAAGGACGUGCAGGCCCUGCUCCUCUCCGACGUCUUCGUCUUCCUGCAGGAGAAGGACCAGAAGUACGUCUUCGCCUCGCUGGAUCAGCGGUCCUCGGUGCUCUCCCUCCAGAAGCUGAUCGUGCGGGAGGUGGCCAACGAGGAGAGGGGCCUGUUCCUCAUCGCCGCCGGCGAGGAGCGGCCCGAGAUGGUGGAGGUGCACGCCGGCUCCAGGGAGGAGCGCAACGCCUGGAUCCAGCUCGUCCAGGACGCCGUCGCCUCCGUGGAGAAGGAGGAAGACGAGGGUGUCCCCAGUGAGUCCGAGGAAGACAAGAGGGUGCUGGAGACGAAGGCCAAGGAGAUGAGAAACCAGCUGCGCAGGAAGGACCAACAGAUCGCCGCUCUGCUGGAGGAGAAGCUGAGGGUCUUCCAGGACAUGGGGAGCGAGGGCGGGCCCGGGGGCGGGGCCCUGUUCCGGGCCCUCGCCCAGGACACGCCUACCGGGGAGCUGGCCAUGACGGACGCCCUGAGAGAAGUGGAGAGCUUGCAGGCUCUGAUGAACACUGGUCAGGGCGGGGCAGUGGAUCACGUGGGCAGUGCUGAGUCUGUGUGGGCCCCCUGCAGACCCGAAAUCUUCAGCAGCUUUGACAGGAACCAGACGAACAACAUCUCUAAAAAUGGGGAAGCAGACUCACCGGACCUGCAGAGAACAGAGUCAGACAGUGCAUUAAAAAAGGGGGGAAACUCCAACGUCCUGCUGCUGAGGAAGAGGGACAGCGAGGUCCUCCACAGUGUGUGUCGGCUGCAUGAGCUGCUGAGCGCGCUGCAGGCGGUGGUGGUGCAGCAGGACUCCGUGCUGGAGGAGCAGCGGAGUGCACUGACCGAGCGACCCUCCUCCUCCUCCUCCUCCUCCCCCUCCUCCUCCUCCUCCUUGUCCUCCUCCUGGCGGUCCUCCUCCCUGGUGGAGCAGGAGAAGCAGCGCAGCCUGGAGAAGCAGCGGCAGGAGGUGGCCAACCUGCAGCGGCAGCAGGAGGCGCACGCCGCCGAGCGCCGUCGCCGGGAGAGCGAGUGGGAGGAGCGGGAGCGGGAGCUGACGGGCAGGGAGGCGCGCCUCCUCCAGCUGGACGAGGAGACCCGGCGCGGGUGCGGGGAGGUGCAGAGGGAACAGCAGGAGCUCCGCUGCCAGAAGGAGGAGUACCAGAGGGACCUGGAGCGGCUGAGGGAGGCGCAGAGGAGGCUGGAGAGGGACGGGGAGCAGGUCGAGCGGGAGCAGCAGCAGGCCCGGGCGGCGGAGGAGAACCGGAGUGGCAGGGCGCCCUCUAGCGCCUCGGAGGACUCCCUGCAGAUUCCCAGUCCCGUGGAGCGCAGGCUCUCCUCGUCCCCCAUAAGGGACACGCUCAUCAGGAUGGGCUCCUUACGCAAGGGGAAGACCCUGAACCCCUUCGCCUCCAACCCCGGCCACAAGGCCCCGGCCGGGGACGGGCAGAGCCACAUAUCCGGCCGCCUGCUGCAGCUGACCAAGACCAAGGAGCCCAAGGAGCCCAAGGAGAAGAAGGACCCCAAGGAGAAGAAGGAGAAAAAGAAGAAGAAGAAGGACAAAGGGCAGCUCCCACAGCCUGCAGACUCCACCCUGCUUUCAGGCUCAGAGCAGCCCGUGGAUAGAGAGAUCCUGUUCUGCUGACCUCACUCUGUCCUCCAGUAUCCCAUAAUUCUCCACUCUCGUGAGAACUGCAGCCGUUGCCUGCAGGGCCAAGCAGAUGUGGCUGGAAGCCAACGUGCCCCGUUCUCAGUGACCCUGGAACUGACGCUGGGAUUUGGAAGGCACCCUGUCCUGCGGACUGGCACAUCUCUGCACUGACUCUAGAACUUUCCGUCGGUUUUUCCUUAGCUUAAGGACACGAGAACUGUGACCAUUUAUAUGCUGAAUACUGUACAUUUUGAACUUUAGGGUAAGAAAAGGUAAAGUGAAGAAAAAAACAAGCUUACGUAAGACUAAGCUUUUUUUGCGUGACUGAGACACCAGCCUCGAACCUCCGCUUUUGACAGUUUGCAGUGGAGGAUAUUGUUUGUAGCAUAUAUAUAUAUGUGGAGUAUAAGCGGAUUGUAAAGCUCUUAAUUCUACAGCUGUUUCAGUGGGCGAGCAGCUUGUCUGGUUCCUCACAGUCUUCUUAAUGUAACCGUGUCUUCACGCUCUGCAGUCCUCUCUGUUCUGCCCCAAAGAGGAGAUACAAAUCUCACAUCUCUCUUUUUCCAUUAGCAGGUAGAAACAGACACACACAGUCUGGCUAAAGGUCACUGCUUUUAGCAGAGCUGGUUGGGAGAGAGGGGUCAGAGAGGGGCUGAGUUCUGCACACCCGGGGACAGGACUGACACAGACUGACUGAGCCUGACGCAGACUGAGACUUACGGACUUAUUGAGACUGACUGAGACUCACACAGACUUCCUGGGACUUACAGACUGACACACUGACUGAAGCUGACUGACUAACUGAGACUGACAGACUGACACAGACCAAACGAAACUACAGUUGCGGUUUGCGCUGCGAUUUGCACAGAGAAAAUAACUUGUACAGUUGACAUUAUACAGACACUCGUGAGUCACAAAUCCACCAGUCGCUCUUCAUUUUUAGCACUCCGGAAAACGCGUUUAUUCGACUCAGCCGUCGCACAUGAUGGAUCGUGUGUUUACUUCUGUGUUUCCCCUCCCUUUUCCUUCCUUUUUUGCACAUCUUCAAUGUUGAGCCUUUGACAAGCGCGUAGCACAGGCUUAUGCGAAGACUGUGCCCGAUAAAUUCAAGCAUUUUUUUUCAUUUAAUCGUGGCAUUGCCAACUGGGAUUGUACCUGAGAGAUUUGAGUCUUUCACUCCCACACACAUAGCAAUCAGAGCUGCGACUAUACAACGAGACUGCCAGACUACCCUGGACUACCGCAGACUCUGCAUCCAUGCAGCAGUCCUGCAGACUGACAAAUCACCAAACCAGGCGCUGACCCAUACCUGACAGACGGACUCGGUGACAGACAAACGGAGAGACUGGCAGGUGGAGCAGGACCCAGGACUGUUUAAAGAGCUGUUGGAUGUAGGAUGAAUCCUGUUAAAUUUGGAGCCAUCUUGUCAUACAGUCUCCUGCUGAGUUCAAGCCAAACAUUCAAUUAAACUUAUACUCCCUCUGUAUUCUGAAGUAAAAAUAAGCAAAAUCCUUUUUAUAGUCACUUCAGUGCAGUUUUUACACGGCCUUUCAAUGCUGAGCACUUUAAAAGCAUACUCUCUGUAAGAAGGGGUUGAGUUUCCUGCCACCAGAUAAAUAGCAAUUGAUUUAUUCCAUUCAAAUGUAAAACCUUUUUUAUUAAUUGAAUGGACUGAACCAAUUUUUUUUUUAGGUUUUGUUCAUUUUCGAGCUUAAAUUUAUUUAAAUAUAUUUAAAAACAUUAAUUGCAACUACAUUAAUGAAAUACUAAAGAAAUAUAGAAAAUGUGGUUCUCCUGGACAGCGGCAAUGUCAACAAUCCAAUAGAUCCAGUUUUGGCUACUUGUUUGCAUUUUUAAAGUUCACCACAUGGUGGAGCCAAAGUUCUUAAGUCAAUAUGGAUAUUUUCCACUUUAAUGGAAGCUUUAUAAACUAAAACUAAUUUAAUCAGAAAUGCAUUUUGUAAAAAUUUAAAAGUGUAAGUUAUCAUACUGAAUUUUUAGUCAGUAUACUCUCCUUUAUCUCAGCACUUAGAUGCCUUAAAUGGUGAGUUGACCACCAACCCCCUUUCCCCAGAACAUUCUACUAUGUUGGCUAAUUCUUACCCUGGUGUCUACCUGCAGGGCAGGUACAUUUUCACCUUAGACAGACAAGCAAUACCCAGUUCCUGCUUCAAAAAUGUAAGCACUUAUAAAGCUCUCUGACAGUGCAAAUCCAGGGGGCUAGUUUGAAAAUAGUUUGAUCUCUUAUUGAAAGGCUUAUAAUCCUUUGCAGCCUUACUGUUCCUUCUUGAUGAAUGGGGUGGUUCCGCCUGCUCUCUUGGGUUUCUCUGAUUGGCAGGCAUAAUGUCUGUCCUCAAGUUUCAUUCGAUGAUUUCGUUUUGUCUGUGUCUGUCCGGGGAUUGUAUUUAUGCGCCUGUCUGUGUAAAAGCUAAUUUGGAUACUG